CUACAGAGAGAGAAAGAGAGAGAGAGAGAGAGAGAGAGAGAGAGAGAGAGAGAGAGAGAGAGAGAGAGAGAAGGAGGGGGGAACAGCUGCAAGCAUACUCAACAUCAACAAGCUGUAUGAGGCAUCUGUAAAGAAGAAGAGAGGAUUUAGCGAGGACUGCGCGGAGCUUCCUAACGUUUUCGCCCUCCGUUGCUUUUUGAUUUGAAGAUCAGAGGCGUGGAGCUUGCAAGAAUAUCCUACAAGUGGUGAAGCGAUGGUUUAGCGGAGCAAUUUGGCAGGUUCUUUUUUUUUUUUUACAGCACGCCCGCCCAACGACACUGUGAUUGCGAGCAGCAACCCCCCAAACAUCUGUGGACGCUUUUCUGGAGGGAGAUGGCUGUUUUACGGCUGUCGUUGCUAUUGCAAGUGGGAUUUGUGAUUGGAUCUAUACAUGAAUACGCGGAAUGGUCAGCGCGUGGAGAAGAUUUCGGAGCACAGGAGGCGAUUUACGGCGCUCAGACGCACCGUCGGCAGCUGGCGCAUCUCCGUGCGCCUCAGCCUAAUGCCGGGGAGACGGUGGAGCUGCCGCAGAAAAUAGAGGAGAAUCUCCCCAGGGUUGUCACGGCUUAUCUUCACACGGGGGACUCGACCACCUUAAAGCACGCCAACUGCUCGCGGAGGUACGAGCUCACCUCUCGGCGGGGAAGGUCACGAGCCACCCCGCAUUACUCCAUGAGCAGCGUGCUGGAUACGGUGCUGCACGCCACAAACUUCCUCAACAUGCUUUUGCAAGCCAACAGGUCCAGGGAGCAGAGUCUUCGGCGAGACAUUGAGUGGUACCAUGCCUUAGUCAGGAGUAUACUGGAGGGAGACGCCAAGAUUCACCGGGCGGUCGUCACUUUUAACGCGGAUUCGUCCGUGGCGGGGCCCUCGGUUCUUCUCCAAGCCACCAGAGCCGGUGGAGAGAUAGUCCUCCAAGACCUCUCCAGCAUGGCCCACCACCAUCUGCACAACCGCACAGCAGACACAGAGUGGUACCACGAUGUCAAAGACAGGAAGAAGCCCAGUUUCCAUAAGAAGGUGCUGAGCCAAGAUUUUAGAUCAGUUAACAAUUCUUUAAAAAGAGGAGAGAGUUUCCUUCCGGACAAGACGCAUGUGAAAUGGUCUGCGCCCUACCUGGCGUGUGAGAAUGGGAAUUUUGUUCCCCGUUGGCUCUUGACCUUAUCGGCUGCUUUCUAUGGCCUGAAGCCCAACCUGGCUCCUGAAUUCAGGGGCGUAGUGCGAGUGGACAUUAAUCUGCAAGAUGUUGAUAUCGACCAGUGCUCCACUGAUGGCUGGUUUGCUGGAACCCAUCGAUGCAACCUGACCACUAUGGAGUGUUUGCCGAUCCAGGGCUAUGGAUUUGUCUUGGACAAGUACACAUGCCGCUGCAAGAAGGGAUUUUACCACCCGAACAGAGUGGCUGUCAACGGCUUUACAAGGAUGGGGAGAAAGGGAAAAGCUGCAGAGAGCGGUCCCAAUGCGGACGAGGGGUCUUCCAGUGACUGCCUGCCAUGCCAGCAGGGCUGUGCUUACUGCAAGGACGACACCCCUUGUGUGGCACGAGAGGACAGCCCCCUUCGCAUGGCUGUGCUCUCCAUCCAGUGCCUCUGCUUGCUGAUUGUUUUUGUUAGCAUGGUGCUCAUCUACCACUUUCGCAGGAAUAAGAGUAUCAGAGCAUCAGGUCUAGUCCUACUGGAGGCCAUCCUGUGUGGAGCUCUGCUUCUCUACUUUCCAGUUGGGAUUCUCUACUUCCAGCCAAGUGUUUUCCGCUGCAUCCUGCUGCGAUGGGUUCGGCUGCUGGGUUUCGCUACCGUCUAUGGGACUCUGACUCUUAAGUUGUACAGGGUGCUGAAGGUGUUUCUGUCCCGUACAGCCCAGAGGAUCCCCUAUAUGACCAGUUGGCGAGUGUUGCGUCUGUUGGGCAUCAUUCUGCUUAUCGUCUGCUGGUUCCUGGUGGCUUGGACAUCUGCCGUCUGUCAGAACUCAGACAGGAAGUUGGCUCUCAUUGACGUGGGCUACACGCCCAAUGGGCUGCAGUUCAGCAUGUGCCUGCUGGAUCGCUGGGACUACAUGAUGGCUGUCGCUGAGUUCCUCUUCCUGCUGUGGGCAGUGUACCUUUGUUAUGCUGUAAGGACGGUGCCGUCGGCGUUCCACGAGCCUCGCUACAUGGCCAUCGCUGUUCACAACGAAUUAGUUCUGACAGCGAUAUUCUAUAUCAUCAGGUUCACUCUUGCGCCAGAGCUUCAUCCAGACUGGAUGCUGCUGCUGUUCUUCACCCACACCCACUUAACUGUAACAGUUACACUGGGUCUACUCCUCAUCCCUAAGUUCCUGUUUGCAGGCACCCACAUGAGAGAAGAUAUAGCCUCUGAGGCCUAUGAGGAUGAGCUGGACAUGGGUCGUUCUGGGUCGUAUCUCAAUAGCAGCAUCACAUCAGCAUGGAGCGAACACAGUCUGGAUCCUGAGGACAUUCGGACACCAGACGAAAUGGGCCAUCUCAGUUCUAUUAAUGGCUGUGGCGUAAGGUCUUGCGACAGUCUUUGGGAAAAACGUACCAACGAGGAGCUAAAGAAACUCUACUCCCAGUUGGAGAUUUACAAGAGGAAGAAGAUGCUGGCAAACAACCCUCAUCUGCAGAAGAAACGGAGCUCCAAGAAAGGGUUGGGUCGCUCGCUUAUGAGGCGUAUCACUGAGAUUCCAGAAUCGGUGCACCGGCAAUGCAGCCGGGAAGACAAGGAAGCUGGAGAACACGGGAGCAACCGCAACAGCAUCUGCAUGUUAAAAAAGAACCCAUUCGAUUCGACUCACCCAGGAAAGCCAGCGAAAGAGGAGACUCUAAAGAACAAGGUUUUCUCCCUCAAAAAGUCCCACAGCAGCUACGACCACGUUCGUGACCAGAGUGAAGACUCCAACAGUUCAGCAACAGACAAGAUGGAGGUGACCCCAGCUGAAGGCUCCCUCCUGGAUACACUUAUGGGCAAGAAGCUGGUCAAGAAGCAGUCCAAUGAGAAUGUUAGUGUCCCCAGUGAAUCUACAGAAUCAGUUCCUUUGGUCUGCAAGUCAGCCAGCGCCCAUAACCUCACUGCUGACAAGAAACCAAUUCAUCCUAGAGCCUCCAUGCUACAAAAGUCCCUCAGUGUCAUCGCCAGUGCCAAAGAGAAGACAUUGGGGUUCACAGGAAAGACCCAGAACACAGAGGACAGCAAUAAGAAGAGUCAGCCAAAGAGCAAAGACAUAAGGGCCAAUGCAGAGCCAGAAAAUGACUGCCAACCCAAGAUGAUUAUUAGCCAGUCGGUUGAGUACAAACAAACUGCGUCAAUAGGCAGGACCAUGAAACAGCCAGUGAGCGGCAGCCAGCCUACUAUCUGUUCUGAUCCAGUCAAAGGAAAGGACCUUUACGAUCUCUCAGAAGUGUGUCCCUGGGAAGUGGAAGAUCUCCCAACUCCGUCUGAAAACAAGGUCCAAAAGCAUGUAUCCAUCGCACCAAAGGAAACCACAACGGUUCACGGAGGUAGCACCAAGGGAGGCAAAUCUCAGAAGCAGAAAGCAUCUGAUCAAUCUCCAUCAAGUGGCAGGCAUUCACAGGAAAUUCAGAAGACAACCUCUGUACGAGCAGAGGUAUGUCCAUGGGAAGAUGGAGGUGAAAAUCAAGGCAGUCAAGUGGAAGACCCGAAGCAACAAACAUACCGUCAGGCAAGCAAACCUGCUAAGACCAAGCAGCCUCAGUCUACAACAGAGAGCUCCCAAAAGAAAAGGGAAGAGGUUUGUCCAUGGGACUUCGAAGAGACCCAAAAGACAAAUAAGUUGGUUUGUUCACCAGAUAUGACAACACAAAGUAAAGGCACCUCUCCUGUGGAUGGGAAAGAGAGGAGUACCCUUUCAGAUGCAUCCAAAACAGGAGGCUCACUCCAGCCACCAUCUUCAAAAGCUGAUAUAUGUCCCUGGGACUACGACAGCACUGCCGUAUCUCCAAGUUCUGAGAGGACACCUAGUCCCUCUCGAGCAUCCAAAACCAAGGAAUCUCCAUCCAAAAAGAAGGGUACCCCUUCCACAAGAACAGUUGAAAAAGACAAAACAAAAGACGCUGAUGAUGAGAAAUCUAGAACAAAAUCUAAGGACAAGAGUAAAUCUUCAGAGAAACACGUGAGCCAACACAAAAUGGCUGAGGUAGGCCCGUGGGAUGUAGAGAGUCAUCAGGAAGUGUUGGUGGUAGAAAAAAGGAAAAGUGUGAAUGUUGGAGCAGCCAAAGCAAAGCCAGCGGAAGUCUGUCCAUGGGAUUUUGAGCAUACGUCAGAUAAAAAAGGUACAGACACAAGUGUAGUGAAACAGUGCAAUCCAAAUCCUAAAGGCGGAUCUGCAGGUCCUGCCAAAAAGGCAGAUGUUUGUCCCUGGGACUUUGAGGACAGCGCAUCGAGCAAGAAGGCAUGACACUCAACCCUAAUGGACCACUGAAAUUAUAGUUAUUGAUAUAUCCUUUUUCACUUUGAAAUUGUUAAAUAUUACCUUUUACUAUUAGUAUGGUGGCUUGGAAAAAAAGUUGAUCAAGUUCCACAAGUUGCCUUCCUUUCCAAGGUUUUGUUCCAGUUUUACCUAUUUUGAAAAUAAGUAUGUACAAAAAACAAAACAAAGUCAUGACGAGCAUUCCAGAUUAUUACAGGAAAAUCCUGAAGAUAAAUCUUAGACUAAUUAUGCAACUUUUGAGUCAUCCUUUUCACUUCAUGAGCAGUGUUGAAAAUCUGCAUAUAUCAUGUUCCAUAUUCAGUCAACAGUUCAAACAUGGUUCUUUUUGUGCAUUAACAUCAUCACUUAAUCUACUAAAAUAGGACUUGUACAGACGAUAGGAUUUGUAGAGAAAAAGAAUUAUGAAAUUAAGGUUGAUGUACAAAACAGCAAAAGUCAAAGCCAAAGAAUAAGGGAACAUUUGCAGAGAUAAAUUUUGGAUAUAAGGCAGUUAAUUAGUUUGUGUCCAAUCCUUGGCAAAGAGGGAAGGACUCUGUGAGGAAUCAAUCUACAGCACUUUAGCCAACUCCAUAAAUUAAGAACUGAGGACAGACUCUUCUUGUAAAUUUUGUCUGCUCAUUUUUAACUUCAUGGCAGGAUACCACACACCGACCAAACUUAGACGUGUUUUUUGUUUAGAUCUAUUUAAUUGUAGUUCUCGGCAGAUUAAAAUGCUUCCAAGUCUGCAGAGAUGUACUGUAUGUGCCUAACUAACUAGCAUUGUCUUGUAUCAGUUUGAAGUAAAGCAAGUGGCUUCUCCUUCAGAACUUUGUGACAGUGAAUUAUAUAAACAGCAUGCACAGCCAGGUAUUGACAGUAGUUGGACCCUACCAGUUUGUCAACUAAAGCAGUUAAUGUGUUGACUAAUCUAUAAUGUCGUUGUUUUUUUAAUAUCAGAGGCACUCCGUUUCCUGCUUUAUUUCCCAAGCUCAUUCAGGGUGGUGAAGAUUAUAUGAGAGCAGCAUUAGCAUGAAUGUGUCACAAUGGCUCAUAUGUACACUGUAAAAAGUAGAGAGAAAAAUGUUGGGGGAAUACCGAGGAAAUAUUUUGCACCAGCUUUGUACAUGAAUC